AUGGCAGAUUUAAAUUCUAUUCUUUCAUUACUAAAGCAAGCGGUCAUUUCACUCUUUCCAGCAGGACUGGAUUUAUCCAAUAUUCGAUCUGAUGUAAUUGAUCAAGUACGGCAAGAAUAUUUGACAAAGAAAACACAAGAAGAAAAAUUAAAGAAUGCAACGACAAUUACACCUGAGGUAUUAGCAGCGAUAAGUAAUCUUGUAAAAGAAACCAAUUUGAUCCAAGUUUUAAAAAAAUGCAAAGAAAGACAAGAUAAAAAGGAAAGGGAAUUGUUUAAACAUCGAGAAUCAAUUAAAGAGCGAUAUAAAAAGCAGAGAGAAAACUUUUUAGCAAAAGAAUUGAUUGGAGUUAAUUGUGAUCCUAAUGUAUUACAGGCACUUGAUCGAGAAAUGAAACAUGAAUUACAUCGAUUAGAUUUACAAAUUUUAAAAGAUAUGGAUGGAGAAGUACGCUAUUUACAGCAGGAAUUUGUUAAAUUGAAUGUCCCAUUAUUUAAGAUAUCAAACAAUCCAAAUGAUAUAAAAAUACAACAAAAGGUCUUAUACAUAUUACAAGACAUGCUAUAA